GGAAAGGUACCAAAUGUAUCCGUAUGUCAUCCGCAUGUCAUCCGUAAUUUCGGAUCCGCAAUUGCAGAUCCACAGGAAGUAAACAAAAAAAAUUGCCCCAUGUGACUUUCAGCACCAGGGAGAGCUGAAGAGAAGGAAGUGUUGUGAAGUCACAGAUAGUGAAACUUCUGCAAUAUGACGUCGUUUGAGGUAGAAAAAAUGAUAAUUUUGAUACAGGAGAGGCCUGCCUUGUGGGACACAAGGGCUGAAGUCUACCAUGACAGGAUCAUGAAGGACCAAGCAUGGGAAGAAAUUGGUAAAGAGCUGAUAGGAACAGCAUGGGACUCUGCCUCAGUGUCCAAGAAAGAAACAAUUAUCCAGCAAAUCAAGAAGAGAUGGAAUACCUGUCGGGACCAAUUUCGGAGAGAAUUGAAUACUAAAAGCAGGAGUGGUGAUGGAAGCAUGAAAAAAAAACCCUAUUUGUAUACCCGACACCUUCAAUUUCUUCUUCCAAUAAUGGAUUUAAGAAGAACUGUGGACAAUCUCUCGGACACUUCCAAUCCACAAGCAUUGUCCGGCAAUUUGGCUGACAGACCAGGAAUGUCCACAGAUGAUAUCCAAGCGGAAAGUGAACAUCCUGAGGCCAUGGGGGAAUCUUCCGUGGCUUCAUUAUCUCUCCUUCACCAGCCUCUGCUGGAAAGAUCGCAAAAUCCAGAAGAGGUCACAGAAGUGGUAGAUGCUAUUCAAGAACCAGUCCAGGCCAAUCCAGAACCCAGCCAGCAACAAAGAGCAGCACCUGCUAGCCGUUCAUCUGGCAGACGAGGCCAAAGGGUCAUAACCGAUUCCGGUUUAGAUCUCCGUAGUCAGGUCGACAUGAUGGUUAUGGAGUAUUUAAACCGGAAUCGGUCUGACGGCAAGGAAGAAGUAGCUUUAAAAGGGCUCGCUCCUUCCUUGCGCCGUGUGCCAGAUGAACGGCAAACACGGUGCCUUUCUGCUCUGGUCAUGGUACUAGAUGAAUUUACGGACCCUGAAGAGCCACAUGAUGUUCUGCACUUUUUGGAAAAGAGAAGAGACCAAAGAUUAAAGGUCAUAACUCCUCAUUCCCGUCUUAACAGACUGGACACCCCAAUUGUGCACACCCCUGGCCCAUAUACUAGGGAAUUAUUUGACUUAUAAUUUUUUUUUGCUUGAAAUAAAUCUUUGUUAUCUUGUUUAAA